GAGAUUUUUUAACUUCCUCUUUGAGACGGCCCGGGUCUGUCCGAUCGUGACGUGUAUCACGGAGGAGUCCCUCGCAUUGUGCUGGUCGCUAAUAUGAAGUUCGCCAGUGCCGCUGCCGCAUACAUCAAGUGAUUCGCGGGAGAGGAGAAUUUGACGGACGGACUUCUUCUUCCUCUGUGCCUCCGAAAGUCACGAUGGCCGUCGCGGUCGGCGGGGGACGCGGACGGGCGGAGCGGGACGUGCUGCGCGCCUCGGUGGCGCUCGCCGCCGCCGUGUUGUUGUUGUCGCUCGGAGUUGCCGCCGUUCCAGAGGAGCACAGGUCCGUCCAGGAGCAGCCCCAGCAAGAGAAAGCGCCGAGUCCUCACCCGGUGGGCCCGGUGGUGUCUCAGGAUGAGCCCUCCGGGGGGAACAUGGGCUUCAUUCACGCCUUCGCGGCCUCGAUCUCCGUCAUCAUCGUCUCGGAGCUGGGGGACAAGACGUUUUUCAUCGCAGCCAUCAUGGCCAUGCGCUACAACCGCCUCACCGUGCUGGCCGGCGCCAUGCUGGCCCUGGGACUCAUGACGUGCCUCUCUGUGCUGUUUGGUUACGCCACCACCAUCAUCCCCAGGAUCUACACCUACUACGUGUCCACGGCUCUGUUUGCCAUCUUCGGUGUGCGCAUGCUGAGAGAGGGGCUGAGGAUGAGUCCAGACGAAGGCCAGGAGGAGCUGGAGGAGGUGCAGGCGGAGAUCAAGAAGAAGGACGAGGAGCUGCAGCGGUCCAAGCUGGCCAACGGGACUCCAGAUGUGGAGGCCGGAUCAGGGACAACCCACCCUCAGGGAAAGUGGCACAGCAUCAUCUCACCCAUCUUCAUCCAAGCCCUCACCCUCACCUUCCUCGCAGAGUGGGGGGACCGCUCCCAGCUAACCACCAUUAUUCUCGCCGCACGGGAGGAUCCGUUUGGAGUUGCAGUGGGUGGUACACUGGGACACUGUUUGUGUACAGGACUGGCUGUGAUAGGGGGAAGAAUGAUCGCCCAGAAAAUCUCUGUCAGAACAGUAACAAUCAUUGGAGGGAUUGUUUUUCUGGCGUUCGCCUUCUCUGCCCUGUUCAUCAAGCCAGAGUCUGGAUUUUAAUUGGACGAAAGGCUUUUCCGGAUCACUCUGUACAUAUGUGUAAAGUUUGGUUGAGUUGCUGGAGAGAGAUUCUGUUGUUUUGACUGUGUGUGUCUCUCUGGCAGACUCCCGUCCACCUUCCUCAGAAAGCCUCUAUUCCACUGCAGCCUGUAACUCCAGAGGGUUUUUCUGCACACGACAACCUUGUGGGAGAUGUUGUAAGUUUCAAACAGAAAACCCUGGACACCUUUCAUCAGGUCUGCAGAAGAAAACAUUCAGCAACAGAUGUCAGUGGAACAGAGGCUUGUCAGAAGGGAAGGCAGAACUGUGACUUUCUAUAUGAGCUGUGUUGUCAUCACAAAGUGUGUGAGGAAGAACGGUCGCUGCCCUCCAACCAAUCUGUGAGCGGUUCUGUAGCGAGAGAACCUGACAACACACAGUGCAUCUCUAACGAUCAACCGUCUCUGUUAGACACAAAGUCCCUUUCAAAAUCAUGGCCUUUUUUUAUGAUUAAUGUUUAUUUGUUCAUUUAACAUAAUCCCAGAUGUUGAUCAGUUAAUUCCACCUUCCUUCCUGGGUGACACUUUUUAGUACAAUCCUCUAAAAUCUCCUACAAAGUGUUAAAAGAUUUAAGUGGAGACAGAAGUUAUUGAAAUGUUUCCUGCAGUUUUAUUCCUUUUGGCUGCUGAUGCAGACCUGAACCACUAGAAUACCUCUGCGUCCAGGUGUCGCCAUACCCGACAUGGUACAGUAUUCACAGAGCUACACAUGCUGAUCACGUGGUGGAGAUGUCGAUCAGGGCUCCGACCAGUUUUAGGGACAGAGGUUGAGGACAGGUCGCAGGUUAACUCUUCCUCUGCGAUUGGAGCGAUUCUCAGUGAGGAGCUCGGUGUCUCAGUUGUUACUGCCCCAAAUCCCAAUGUCACUGGCAGAAUGUAGUGGCUCCAGUCAGUACAGAAGACGUGACCGAAUCGCCACCAUGUCAUUAGUCGUACACACAGCUGAAAGAAUAACUUGGCCCUAUAUGCAGCUGUGUUGUAGUUACAGCGACACCUCAACCAGCAAUGUAAUAACACCUUUGUUUUCCCUUUUAUUUAAAAAUGGUAUGUAUUUAUUUAGCAUUCAUUUUCUUUUAGCAUAUGUACUGUAGACAAGGAACAGGGUGGGGGUGAGGGGGAAAAAAGACAAGGAAUGGAAAUAUUUUUUAAAUGAACAGGCUAAAGCUGCAUUGUCAAUAUUUGACGAUAUGUACAGGCUGUGAAAUACUUCAGUUUGUUGGUUGAAAUGCUCAAUAAAACAGUUUCAUGUGUUGUCUUAUUUCUAAACCA